AUGGCUUCUUCAAUAAUGUCUAUGUCCUCCCCGUCAUUCGCCAAAAAGGCGGUCUCACUCUCCCCUACUACCCCUCAGUUCAUGGGCAUUAAGCGCGUUUCAAUGAGGAAGAUCAACGUCAAAUCUGUCUCCUCGGAUGAUAUGAAAGAAAACACCAUAAAAGGAGUCGAAAAUGUGAAAGAAGGCGCGAAAGAGGCGGCUCAAUCAGCAUCAGAGAACACCAAAAACAUCAUAGAGAGUGUUGCAAAUGCUGCACAAGAUGCAUCGACAAGGGCAAAAGAUGAUGCAGGUGUAGUUUCCGAUAAGGCGAAUGAAGGAGCGGCUAAGGCGGUGGAAACAGCGGAGAGCAUUGGAAGCAAAGCGGGAGAGUCGGUAAAAGGUGCAUGGGAUGCGGCCAAGAAUGCUGUGGCAGGGAAAGAAUAG